CAGGGAGCUAAAUUUGGUAGAGAAGUGAUCAGGUUCCCUCUGUGUGCACAUGAUACUGCCCCAGUUACUUGACCAAUGUCCCUUCUCGCGCUGUCACACACUCACCAAGUCCAGACACACUCAGCGAUCCUCCUCUUCAGCAGUCAGCACAGCGCUCACCGUCCUCACCUGAAGUGAAGAACACUUUUAGAUUAUAUCUUAGUGUCUCUUGACUGGACUGAAUAUUUAAGAUCUUUGGAGAACCAGUGCUCCCCACUGCUUCACCUUUGUCUGUUGACACCCUUGCUGAAGCCCAUCGGCGGGAGGAAGACGUUGACCCGCCAUGUUUCUCGCACUAGUGGUGACGCCAGAGCUGAGGCAGUUCCUGGCCAGAGCAAGAGGUGGAGCAGUGCGCCUCAUCAAGGUGUGCAUCCAAAAUGAGCAGCUGGUGCUGGGGGCCCACAGAGAGCCGCAUCACAACUGGGACCAGGAUUAUGAUCACUUCCUGCUUCCUCUGCUGGACGACCAGGAGCCCUGCUACGUUCUCUACCGUCUUGACUCCCAGAAUGCCCUGGGCUAUGAGUGGCUCUUCCUCUCAUGGUCUCCUGACCAAUCUCCAGUGAAACAGAAGAUGUUGUACGCUGCCACCCGUGCCACAGUGAAGAAAGAAUUUGGGGGUGGCCAUGUGAAGUAUGAGAUGUUUGGCACAACAGAGGAGGACAUCUGUUUGCAGGGGUUCCAGCGUCAUGUGUCGUCCUGCUCAGGUCCAGCCCCACUCACAUUAGCUGAGCAGGAGCUCCAGAGGAUCAAAAUCACAGAGGGCCAGGUUAAACAGGUGAAAAUGGAAAUCAGCGUGGAGAGUAAGCACCAGACGCUUCAAGGCCUCGCGUUUCCCCUGCAGGACACAGCCAAAAGAGCCCUACAGCAACUUGCACAAAAACGCAUCAACUAUAUACAACUGAGGUUGGAUGUGGAAAAGGAGACAAUUGAGCUGGUCCAUUCAAACCCAACAGAAACUCGAGAUUUGCCCCGCAGGGUUCCAAAAGAUACCCCUAGAUACCACUUCUUUCUUUAUAAGCACUCCCACGAAGGAGACUACCUGGAAUCUGUUGUGUUCAUAUACUCCAUGCCAGGAUACAGCUGCAGCAUUAAGGAGCGAAUGCUGUAUUCCAGCUGCAAGAGUCGACUCCUGGAGGAAGUGGAGAAAGAUUACCAUUUGGAAAUAGCUAAAAAGUUGGAGAUCGAUGAUGGAGAUGAACUGACAGAAGAAUUUCUGUACGAUGAGGUCCACCCCAAGCAGUAUGCCCACAAACAGGCCUUUGCAAAGCCCCGGGGCCCUGCAGGAAAGAGAGGACAUAAGCGUCUUAUUAAGGGGACCGGAGAGGCCAUCCAGGACAGCUAGAGGCAGAUAACAAAAAAAAAAAAAAAAAUCUCUUAUGACAGUGCCUGCAGUUCAUGGCUUUUCUCCU